GUGACCGCGCGCACUUUAAUAAACUCGUGUUUUUCUCGGUCGCUGGUCCCGGGGUCAGUCAGAGUCUGAUCUGAUGCAGAAAUAAAAGUUUAAAGAAACAUGGAGAAGAAAAGACGCGUCUGUGUGGAGCGAGACACGAGAGGAGAGUUCUGUGACUCUGACCUGGUGCUGGACUCGUCUCUAAAGACUCGCGCAGAACAGAGGGACGUCCCGCUGUUGGACACUGCACUGACCUGCUCCGUGUCUCGGGCGGCUCUCGUCUGGUCAGAGCUGGACGGUCGCUCUGCUCUCGUGUCGUCCCAUGAGCCUUUGCCCGCUCUGGAGGUCAGUGUGUGUCCGUGCUCGUCUUUACCCGGACUCUGUGACCACGCCCCCGUGACCGCGGCCGCUCACCUGCACCUGCUCGGAGAAGCUCUGUCCCUGAUCGGACUUUACCUCCAGGACACGGACAGGCGGGUGUCCGUGUCCACUGCUCUGUCCGUCCUGCUGGACUCUCUGCUGUGCACUUUGGCUCCUCUGGUGUCCCUCAGCUCUCAGGUCCCAGAGCUGCAGGGCUGUGUCCAACACUCUGUGGACCUCACUCUGGAAAAUGUGUCCUACCUGAUGCCAGGGCUGUGAGGAAAAGGAUCAGAGACAAAAUGUGGCGUCGUCGUGUUUCUUUGUCACUAUUAACUCAUUUCAUUUUGCAUUAUUUGAAAAAAAAAUUGAACAUAUCUAAUUUAUAAAAGUCUUUGUAUCACCUC